GGUAAUAUAGUAAUUCAUCAAGUUUGGCUAUAAGUUGGGUCGAUGUCCGGGUUCACAACAGAUGCCUUUUUUUUUGUUGCUAUAUGUUGGCUGUAGCUACUAGUCUUUCUUUAAUCUCACGUGGCGACGGUGAUUCAACAUGAUGCUUCACCUCUUUCUUUUAUCCGUGUGUGUUUUCGCCUCUUCGGUGUUUGCCGCCUUCGGCUUCACCAAAUCCGGCAGCAACUAUGUUAUUGAUGCUGGUUCGAGCAACCCCUUGGUCUUCACGGUGAACGGCGGUAGUUGCGAUAUUACUUCGAUCAAGUAUCGUGGCACUGAGCUUUCUCAGGGCGGUACGCAGCUGUCAUCUGGUCUGGGUUCUGCAACCGUCCAAGUUGAGUCCGUCACGGCAAACUCCGUCAACUACGUAAAGGUGACCUGCACCACUUCGACCCUGACGCAUUACAUGGUAGUUAAGGAGGGAGAGAGCAACGUCUAUUUGGGCACUUAUAUCAAGCAAGAACCCUCUGUGGGUGAAUUGCGCUUUAUCGCCCGUCUAAAGUCGUCUAUCUUGUCCGAGGAGUACCCCUAUGGUAAAGUCUCUACUACGGCGGGAAGCUCUUCUACCGUUGAGGGUUCCGACGUCUUCGUUGUAAACGGAGAGACGCGAUCAAAGUUCUACUCUAGCACUCGCUUCAUCGACAAGGACGCGCAAUGCGUAUACGGCGGUUCCGAUCUUACCCACGUCUGCGUGUUGGCGCCGCACCCCGAAUCGUCUUCCGGCGGCCCCUUCUUCCGAGAUAUCGAAUCGAACAACGCCGGUGAAGCUACUAACCUGUACUGGUACAUGAAUAGCAACCACGUCCAGACCGAAGCUUACCGAACCAACGUCCUGCACGGACCUUACGUCAUGACCUUCUCGCGAUCUGGCAUCCCCAAGCUUAGCAGUAUCGACACCUCUUUCUUCUCGGGACUGAGCAUCACGGGCUACGUCCCCGAGUCCGGUCGUGGUUACAUCUCCGGUACCGCUUCCGGCGUCCCGAGCAGCUUCCAGACGGUCGUGCACUGGUACAACUCCGCUGCUCAGUACUGGGCCAUCGCCUCCUCUAAGGGCGCUUUCAAGUCUCCCGCGAUGAAGCCUGGUACAUACACGAUGGUGUUAUACCAGGGCGAGUUCAAGGUCGCCACCGCAACUGGCGUGUCCGUCAGCGCCGGCAAGACCACGUCGAAGGACAUCGCCAGCACCGAGAGGUCGCGUAACUCGCUCUGGAAGAUUGGAGAGUACGAUGGCCAGCCCACUGGAUUCAUGAACGCGGACAAGUUCCUCCGAAUGCACCCCUCCGACACGCGCAUGACCCCUUGGAAGCCGGCUACUUUCACCGUCGGUUCCUCGGCUCUGAACGAGUUCCCCAUGGCCCUCUUCCAGACUGUCAAUAACCCCGUGACUAUCAAGUUCAACUUGAACUCCGCCCCCGGCGCUGCCACUCUCCGAAUCGCGACGACCUUGUCGUACAACGGAGCUCGCCCGCAAGCCAAGAUUAACUCAUUCACCGCUCAGGCCCCGGCAGCACCGGUGAAAAUCGACAGCCGAGGCGUGACCCGUGGCGCGUACCGCGGCAAUGGCGAGGUCUACGAUGUCAGCAUCCCUGCCGGAACUCUCGUUGCGGGUGAAAAUACCAUCACCAUCACCUCCAUCUCGGGCAGCAGCGGCACUACCUUCUUGAACCCCAACUUCAUUUUUGACGCUGUCGAGCUCUUUACAUAGAGCCGGUCAGCGGAGAUAGAAACUGAUACUGUUAGUACAUAAAUAUAUUGCUGAUUCCAACCAUAA